UGCUCGCUUCCAACUUGUACUUCGUUUGGAUUUUAGUAGGUAGAGGUGCCUUUCGCUUCGCUAAACUUGCAACAUAGCAUAGUUUAGUAUUUUCAUUCAAAGAAAGCUGGCGGGUGUGCAAAGCAAAUGUGUUAUAUUUAAAACAACUGUGUCAAAGUAACUUUUAAAAGAAGCGUUAGUUUUUAACAAUACUAUUGUGAAUGAAAUAGUUGAGGACGAAGGGCGCGGCGCGUGGCAAGAAGGAACCAUGGAUGAUGACCAGCAGUUCUGCCUGCGGUGGAACAACCACCAAUCGACGCUGGUGUCAGUGUUUGAUACAUUAUUAGAGAAAGGAAUUCACGUGGAUUGCACCUUGGCUGCCGAAGGACAAACACUCAGAGCACAUAAAGUAGUUUUGUCUGCGUGCAGUCCUUAUUUCGAGAGCGUAUUAUCUCAACAGUAUGACAAACAUCCCAUAAUAAUUCUAAAAGAUGUAAAAUAUGCUGAGUUAAGAGCCAUGAUGGAUUACAUGUACCGUGGUGAAGUAAACAUAUCACAAGACCAACUGGCGGCUCUGUUGAAAGCAGCAGAGUCUCUGCAAAUCAAGGGUCUUUCAGAUAACAAGCCAUCAAGACCACCGUCGCGCCCCCCACAGGCAACUGCACACCCGCCCCGUGUGCCGUCUCCACCACCACAAACGCGAGACGGCAGCGUGGACAGCCGCGAGGGCUCGCUCAGCCCGAGCCGGCGCCGGAAGAAAGCGCGCCGCGCGUCCGCGUCGCCCGCGCCCGCGCCCGCGCCCGCCGCGCCGCCCGCGCCCGCCGACGAGCCCGCGCCGCUCAAGGAGGAGCUCUCGCGCGACGGCGUGGAGGACCUCACGCUGGACGAGGAGGCGGACGACCAGCCCGCCGUGGCGCACAACGACGUCGUACGCAAUUUUCAAUGGCAUAUGGAAAGAUCUCAAGACGAAAUUAUGAAUUCGAAUGACAGUGUUCGAGAGAGUCAAGACAAACCCACAGAUCUAACAAGUCUCCUGAAUUACACCAAAACCCCUUUUCCACUAACUCGAGGGUAUCUUAAAACGAGCGAUGUGAAGAGAGAAGUCACCCAGGGUGAAAAUGUAUCCGAAAGAGGAAAGAUAAGAGGCAGAAAGCCUUAUAGGAAGAAAGGUCAUUUAAAAGCGCAGAGGAAAUUUAAAAGAAAUCAUGAUGUAACUGUGACCAAAGACAAUCAAAGUAACGAACGAAGAUAUCUUUGCUCAAUAUGUAAGGAAAAGCAAUAUAAAUAUAGGAGAAAUAAAUUGAGACACGAAAAGUACGAAUGUAUCACUGGUCCUCAAUUUACUUGUGAAAAAUGUGGAAAAAGAUAUUCCCAGAAAAAGACUCUGACUAUGCACAUCGCCCAAAAACAUCAGAAGCCGAAGGACGAAAAAGAUAAUUCGAAACCGAUUUAAAUUUUUUUGUUUUUUAUUUGUAUUGUUUGUUGAUUUCGUUUUAUAGUAUUUUUUAUUUUGUUAUAAAAGAAACAUGAAUUGUUAAGAAUGUGACAUUUCUGACAACAAAAAUCAUGUCAAUCUCUUAUAUUACCAUCGUUAAUUAGUUUUAAAAUUUAAUCAUAGCUAAGUCAUAGCUAGUCCGUCGAUCGUGACGAAGUUUUGUUUUUACUUUUUAUGUUUACUCGUCGAGGAGCGUCAUUUUUGUUUACCAAUUUUUGUAGCUAGGCAGUUUUGUUUGAAUAUACUUUAUUUUCAUUCGCUA